CGGUCUUUGAGGACGUUGUUUGGCGAGUUACGUCAUUAUCACACUGUGCGCAUGCGCUGAUGGUAGUCGGAAUUCCAUCUUUCGUUUCUGUCAUAGUUGGCAUACCUGCUCCGGCGCGCUGUCGUAGGACAACCGAAAAAACAGCGAAUUAGUCGUCAAGUUAUCAGUGAAUGCGACGAAAUUGAUUAAUUUUCACUCCAGGAGAAGUUUGUGAACGGCUGAAGGGCAAAAGAUCAGACCUAGCCAGAUCUCCAAUCAAAAGAUUAACUACACAUUUUCAACUUCAAGUUUUAGGCCCAAACAAAAAAGAUUGCAUCCAUUUUAAAUUGUGUGUUACCCCAACCAAUCACCAUCAAUCCACACAACCAUCAUCCUGAUUUAUCAGCGGGCGAAAUUGCCAGCAUAGUGUCGCUACACCAACCUAAUACAUCGGUGACGGAUCCCUAAGCGUCACCAUUCCCCCUGUAGCCACCACCCCGGGCCUGAUGGGGGGCCCUGGGUCGAGUUCAGGGGGCCCGUCACCCAGCAGUGAUGACAUGAACAUGCAGAAAGGUGAUGUUAUGGACAACGAAGCCGAAGGCGUUUGGAGUCCUGAUAUAGAACAGAGUUUUCAUGAAGCGCUUGCUAUAUACCCUCCAUGCGGUAGAAGAAAAAUUAUACUUUCUGACGAAGGAAAAAUGUAUGGUCGAAAUGAACUGAUAGCUCGUUACAUAAAACUGAGAACCGGGAAGACAAGAACCCGAAAACAGGUUUCCAGUCACAUACAAGUUUUGGCCCGAAGAAAAUCAAGGGAAAUGCAAUCUCAAUUCAAGGCGACUAAAGACAAAGUGUUACAAAGUAUGGCAUCUAUGUCUUCCGCACAGAUCGUGUCGGCAGGGGCGCUACAGAGCAAUAAUAUGGAACUUGCACCCAGGCCGCCUUACACUAAGCCGUUCUGGCGAGGACUUGUUGGUCAACCUGACGCAGAUAUCAAGCCCUUCAGCAACCCCCCAUACGCCCUUCAAGCACCUGGUUCUGCCCUUGUAGGAAGCAGUCUUCCAACUUCGAACGUUAGUAUACCGGCAUCGAGGCCUGGACAAACCAUAAGUUCAGGUUUUAUAAACCAAGCUGGCAGCAUUGGCCCAGCUUGGGAGGAUCGUCAGAUAGCGAGUAAGAAACUUCGCCUGGUCGACUUUUCCGCUUUCCUGGAACAGCAGGGGGACUUAGAGAAUUACUCAAAGCAUCUGUUUGUCCACAUCGAUCAGUCCAACCCAUCCUACAACGACCCGUUGCUCGAGUCUGUUGAUAUUCGACAGAUUUACGACAAGUUUCCGGAACCGAAAGGGGGUUUACGUGAAUUGUAUGAAAAGGGACCGAAAGAAGCGUUUUUCCUUGUCAAGUUUUGGGCCGAUUUGAAUGUGAACAUAGCUGACGACAAUGGUGCAUUCUAUGCUGUCACCAACCAGUUUGAAAGCACUGAAAACAUGACAAUAACUUGUUCAACCAAAGUCUGUUCAUUCGGCAAGCAAGUUGUCGAAAAAGUUGAGACGGAGUUUGCUCGUUUCGAAAACGAUCGUUUUACGUAUCGCAUCAACCGAUCCCCUAUGUGCGAAUAUAUGAUCAACUUCAUUUUGAAGCUCAAACAUUUGCCCGAAAAGUACAUGAUGAACAGUGUGCUUGAAAACUUCACAAUUUUGCAGGUUAUUAGCAACCGAGACACGCAAGAGACUUUACUCUGUCUAGCUUUUGUUUUCGAAGUGUCCACGUCAGAGCAUGGGGCACAACAUCACAUAUACCACCUUGUGAAAGACUGAGCUGAAUAUCGCCACCCAGCAGUUCAACUCCAGGUCACAAUCGACCGCUGUGCGGCGCCCGUGCACCACGCGGAUCACUUGACCUAUCCUUUUCUUAACAGCCAAUAAUAAAAUCCGAGAAUUCGGUAUCCCGUCCCGGGAGUUAUAUGUUUUUGCAAGAGGCGUGCCUUUUUCAUUCAUCAGGGUCCUGUCCCCUUGGUUUUUAAACGGUGACGUCACAGCGCCUCACCCCUAUAUAUGCAAUCAUAUUGUGUCGUGAAAGAGGUGCCUGUUACGGUAUAAAUGUAACCGCGUCAAUCCGCUUUCUUGCUUUUCGGUUCACGGCGCUAUAAGCACGAUUUUUUUCACCGAGGCUGUCUUGGUACACAUUCUCGUACAGUUUUCAGUUUAAAAGACACUCCCAGCGCAAAGGGGCCAUUGCCACAAUGGAGCUUUUUCUAUAAGACGAAAUAGAACAACUGAAAACUUCUUCGAUUUUCUCGAAUUUUCGAAGAGCCUCGCUGUGGUUUCAGUAAGUCCACUUGCAUUUUUAUUAAUACCAAGAACACUAUCGUUGUUUCACUUUUUCUGCGUUUUUGUUCCAGAUCUUAUUCGUUAUUUUGCGCUGUUUUCUUUUCACUUUGGCGACCCGUUUAGAUGAUUUUAAGUGUAAUGCUAUAUGUUUAUAUUUUAAUUUUAAAUUUUGUAAUUGUGUUGCAUUUUUACGGUCGCCAUUUGCUUUUACCUUUUCGGUACUAACACGCUUUUACCGUUGCGGCCACUAAAGUUUCAAAUGUGUGACGUCACACUGGUGACGUCAUCCCUUUAUUUCCAUUUCUCUUCGUGUACGGUACGCGCGUGUUUGCGCAAAUACACCCAAACUCACAAUGCA